GUGUCAAGGCCACAGAGGCUUCACGAUGCACAGCUCAGUGCUCCUGGCGGCUCUGGUCCUUCUAGGGGCGGCCCUGUGUGUGGCGCAGCCCCGCGGUCGGAUCCUGGGGGGCCGAGAGGCCGAGGCCCACGCGCGGCCCUACAUGGCAUCGGUGCAGGUGAAUGGCCAGCACCGGUGCGGCGGCGUCCUGGUGGCCGAGCAGUGGGUGCUGAGCGCUGCACACUGCCUGGAGGACACGGCCGACGGGAACGUGCAGGUGCUCCUGGGCGCUCACUCCCUGUCGCAGCCUGAGACCUCCAAGCGCCUGUACGACGUGCGCCGCGCAGUGCCCCACCCGGACAGCCGGCCGGACACCAUCGACCACGACCUCCUCCUGCUGCAGUUGUCUGAGAAGGCCGUGCUGGGGCCCGCCGUGCGCCCCCUGCCCUGGCAGCGCGUGGACCGCGACGUGGCACCGGGCACUCUCUGCGACGUGGCCGGCUGGGGCGUGGUCAGCCACGCGGGCCGCCGGCCAGACCGCCUGCAGCAUGUGCUCUUGCCAGUGCUCGACCGCGCCACCUGCAACCUGCGCACCCACCACGACGGCACCAUCACCGAGCGCAUGAUGUGCGCGGAGAGCAACCGCCGUGACAGCUGCAAGGGUGACUCCGGGGGCCCGCUGGUGUGCCAGGGCGUGCUCGAGGGUGUGGUCACCUCGGGCUCGCGAGUCUGCGGCAACCGCAGGAAGCCCGGGAUCUACACACGCGUGGCGAGCUACACGGCCUGGAUCGACGGUGUCCUGGCCCAGGGCGCAGCGGCCUGAGGAGGAGGUCCAGAGGGUCCGCAGUCACCUUGGGCGGGGCCCGAGCAAUAAAAUCCUUCACUCCUGCAUCCGGUCGGUUUUUAUUGAGCACGUACUGCGUGCAGGA